CCACCCCCCCUCGCCGCCGAUCGGCGAUCGUGGCGGCGGGACGAUCGGAGGGGGCCGAUUCGGCUCGGGCGGCGCGGAGUCCGGAAGCAGUUUUGUAGCUCUAGCCUAUUGGCUUCCACUAUCUGCAACGGUUUCCACCAUUUGUCAAUACAUUUGGACCUUGUAGCUAAGGGAAGAACUUCUGUAACAUUAGUUGAUUGGCUUCCUCUAUCUGCAAUGGAUUCCACCAUUUGUCAAUAAAUUAUUGACCUUAUAGCUAAGGGAAGCAGCACUUCUUUACCUCUUGCUGAUUGGCUUCCACGUCUUCAACGACUUCCACCAUUUAUCAAUAAAUUAUUGACCUUGUAGUUGAGGACAAUCAACCUCAAACUGUAAAACAUUAAUUUUUAGUGUGUGAUGUUUUAUUACAUUGAACUCAUUUAAAUACCUCAUAAGUUACCAAAGGACACAGUAAAGUUUUGAUGCACCAACAUAAGAUCACUAUGCUGUCUUCCUCAGAAGCAUGUCAUCUUGGUUCUAGUUCCAAUAACCAAGCCAUGGAUCAGCAGAAUUUACUGCCCAGCAAUCCCAGCGCAGAUGAACAGAAUUUACUUCCAAACACUCUAGAGGAUGAGGAUUACCCACAUUAUUUACUUAGUAGUCAUGAGGUGGAAAUGCCAAAUGGAAGAAUGGCUGGUCAGCAAAAUACAAGCAUGAACUUAUGGGAUUCAGCUGGAUCUAGUUCUAUGGGCUAUGUGGCUGAUCAUGAUAGUCUUUUUCAUGCCAAAAGGGAACAUUUUGCUCCUCCUUUGUCUAUUAGAGCUCCCUUAGUUAUUGGAGGGAGAAGACGUGAAGGCAGUAGUUCAUUGCCUUCACAGAGCUUAAACAUAGACCUUAACCUCAAUCAGGCUGAUCAGUUUGAAUCUGAGAAUGUUGAUGUGGUUCAGAGUAAUGGACAACCAGGAAUAAAUGCUUUUCCUCUCAACAGGAGCCUUUCCAUCACUGAGCAUGUUCUGCGCCACACAAAUUCUUCUAGUGCUACAGGAAAUUCUUCACAGAUUGCGAACCUUUCUAAUGGCACGACAGAACAAGGAGUCAACAUAUUUGGUGAUGAUCGUUCAUCUUGCAAGAGAAAGAAUAUUGAUGGGAGUCUUGCAGAGUCUUCUGCCAAUGGUAGCUCACGCAAUCAUCAGCGAAACAACAAUAUACUGGAACCUUCUCCAUCCAGUCAUGAAAGCACUUCUGGUUUAACUGUGCCUACCUCUACAAACUAUGUUUUUUCAUUCCCUCCUGCAGAACAGCUAAACCAGAAUACUAAUAUGUCUGGAAAUGCUAUGUUGUCUCAUCAUUAUUCAUUAUAUGGUGGUUCACAUGAGAGUGAAAGAUUUCUGAGAAAUACACGAAUGAGAAUAAGCCCUAAUGAGCAUGAUCAAUCAUCGUCCAAUCUUUUGCCUGAAGGAAGUCUCAGGUGUUCUGUUUAUCAGCCUGUGCAGCAACAGUCUUUGUUUAUUCCAGUACAACCUAGAGCAUCGAGUUCUUCAACAAGUACUCUUAGUCGGCCUUAUGUGCCUGCUGUCACUGAGUUCUCACAAAAUUUGCACCGUGCUUCAUCAAGUGGUAAUUUUGGUUCAAGAAUAGGGAUUUCUCCUAGUUCUGCUGAUACAACAAACCAGCUCUCUUCGCAAGAUCCCAGUAGUAGCUCAGUGAGAAACAAUUUUCCUGAGCCCCUUCUGUUAGGUUCUCUGUUUCCAUCUGACUCAACAGAAUUGCUAUCUGUGCCGUUAGGCAGAAGCAACCAACAAAAUUCCAGCUCCACAAUUCGAACUGCAGUAAAUGUAGGACCUCAACAAAUUCCUGGGCUGAAUGCAUCCCAGCAUACUUCUAGUUCAAGGGGGUCGGUUGAUAUUGCUAGGAGAUCUUUGCAUGCUUCUAGCAUUCCUCAAUCCAGAAGUUCAAGCAUUACAUCACAGCAGCACCGUGGUCAUUUAUCCACAUCACAUGAGAUUCGACACCAUCAACCUGGAUCGAGCUCUCGUGCCAAUCAGCUGCACUAUGCUAGGGCAGUUACUCAAUCCGUAGAUAGGCAAACCUCAAAUUAUCUGGACCUGCAGUCUUUUAUGCAAAGCAUAACUGCUUCAAGAGACGGAAUCAGGACGGUGUCAGAGUCUGCCAAUCAACUUGUGCAUCUUCGCAAUGUUGUUGAACAAAUUCGUCAGGGAAGAGGUGGAAGAUUUGAGGAUCCUAAUUUUGAACGUGCACUUUUUGCAAGGCGAGCCAGUUUAAUUGACAGACACCGUGACAUGCGGCUUGAUGUGGAUAAUAUGUCAUAUGAGGAACUGUUAGCACUUGGUGAACGCAUUGGGUAUGUAAACACUGGACUUAGUGAGGAGAAAAUUAGGACUGGCUUGAAGCAAUGGAAAUAUGCCAGCAUACUGUUUGAAGAACCUCUAGCUGGUGUUGAACCAUGCUGUAUUUGCCAGGAAGAAUACGCCGCAGGUGAUGACAUGGGCAGACUGGACUGUGGGCAUGACUUCCACACAGCAUGUAUCAAACAAUGGCUGGUUAUAAAGAAUCUGUGCCCUAUUUGUAAAAAAGCAGGACUGGGAACAUAAUUUUGGGCGCGUCCACUUGAGAGGAAAGCGGAUAGCCCCCUUAGAGCGAGUGGUUGGUUAUAAGGCAUGUUGCACCUUCCAAGAUCCAACAUACAAGUGGAAUUUAUACUAUAGGUGGUACAUGGUACUUUACCUGAAAGGCGAUGGCUGUAGACCUGUGGAGUUUUUUUCUUUCCUUCCUUUGUUUAAACCUAGAUUUGAAAGUUCAAAAUUUAUUCAAUAACAUUCAAUUGCAAUUGGGCAUUUC